ACCGGAAGUAAUCCCGAGCGUAGCGUAGUUGUUAUUGUUGUUGCUGUUAGUCCCCAAGACAGAGAUUUUGGUGGCUUUUAUUUAUUAUUAGAAUUAUCAUCAUUGUUAUUACUAACCGAAGUUUAUUAGGACACACAACAUGGGAAAGAAACACAAAAAAUAUAAGCCGGAAUGGAGAACUGUGGACGGAGAUUACGAGGACCAGCCCUUGGAUAAGCCGCUGAAAUUGGUGUUGAAGGUUGGGGGCAGCGAAGUCACUGAACUCUCCGGCUCGGGGCAUGACUCGAGUUACUACGAUGACCGCUCUGACCACGAACGAGAGAGGCACAAGGAGAAGAAAAAGAAGAAAAAGAAAAAAUCUGAAAAGGAGAAGGACAAGCACGUGGACGACGAAGAAAGGAGAAGACGAAAGGAGGAAAAGAAGAAAAAACGGGAAAGAGAGCAGCAAGAAAAUGCAGCCAGUGCCCCGGUGGAGCCCCUCAUCCUGACUAAACCGGUAGAGGUGGUGGUGGAGGAAAGAAAAAGGAAAAGGGAGAAGAUUGAGGCUGAGGUUGAGGAGUUCCUCCCCAGCAUAAAGACAGAGGCCGAUAUGCAGGCAGACCGGCCUGUCAGAGCCUGCCGCACUCAGCAAGAAAACGAAAGCACGCCUCGCCAGCAGCUCCUCGAGCAUUUCCUGCGUCUCCUACAGAGGAAAGACCCUCAUGGGUUUUUUUCUUUCCCUGUGACGGACGCCAUCGCGCCAGGCUACUCCAUGAUCAUCAAACACCCCAUGGACUUCAGUACCAUGAAGGACAAGAUUGCCAUGAACGAUUACAAGACAGUUACGGAGUUUAAGGCUGACUUCAAGCUGAUGUGUGAUAACGCCAUGGUGUAUAACCGACCCGAGACGGUCUACUAUAAAGCUGCUAAGAAGCUUCUCCACACAGGUUUCAAGAUGAUGAGCAAAGAGCGGCUGUUAGCUCUGAAGCGCAGCAUGUCUUUCAUGCACGACAUGGAUUUCUCUCAGCAGGCCGCCAUUUUGGGUGACGAGGACGUAGCCGGUGAGGAGCCAGUUCCAGAAGUCGCCCAUUUUCACACAGAGUGUGCCAAAAAAUCCAAAAAGCAGCCAGUUAAAGAACCCAUGAUAAGCUGCAGUUCCCCCAGUGAUCUGUUUGAGCCGGAGGGGAACGCGUGCAGUCUGACAGACAGCACAGCUGAGGAACACGUUCUGGCGCUGGUGGAGCAUGCAGCGGAUGAAGCGCGUGAUCGCAUCAACCGCCACAUGCCAAAUUCGAAGGUAGGGUACAUUAGAAAGGAAGCAGACGGGACUCUGAUUUAUACUGUAGUUAAUCAGGAUCCAGAGGCAGAAGAUGAAGAGAGUCAUACUGUAGAUUUAAGCUCACUUUCCAACAAGCUCUUACCUGGCCUUACAACCCUGGGAUUCAAAGAUGACCGAAGACACAAGGUGACGUACCUGAAUAGCGCAUACAACGCUCAGACACUGCAGAACAACUCCAUCUACCCGGACCUGCUUCCUGAGGAGAUGGAUAUGCUGUACUCGGCUUACGGAGAUGAGACGGGGGUGCAGUGCGCUCUCAGCCUGCAGGAGUUUGUAAAGGACUGUGGCAGUUUUACCAAAAGGCUCGUCAACGACCUGUUGGACAAAAUGACAGGCAAUGAUCACUCCAAGGCCAUCUUCCAAAUCCGACAGAAAAGAAACCUGCCAGUGGACGAAGCCAAGUCUUCUUUAUGUGAUAUGCAGAGUGCAGAUGAAGCCAUGAUGGACAGUGGAUCAGUGCUGGAAUUCAUGAAUUUAAAGAAUUACCCAGACAUGACCCUGGACAUGCUCAACCCUCUGGCAGGGAAAACUGUGAAGAAGGAGCCAGACCACGAAGACAGCCACCAGCACUUUGACGACGCGGCCAAGCUCCUGCAGGAAUUCCAGGACGCAGCGGUGGACAGAGUCGGAUCCAGACCUUCGUCCAACCUUUCCUCUCUCUCUAAUGCUUCAGAGAGAGAUCAGCACCAUUUAGGAAGCUCACCCCAUCUUGGUGUUGGAGACCAGACGGAGAUGGUUCACGACCCCUACGAAUUUCUGCAAUCUCCGGAGCCAGACUCGGGCACCAGCUGACAUGUGAGCAGUGUUUCUCAGUGUAAAUGGACUGACUGAGUGCUGUGUAAUGAUGUGCUUGUGUUUGUGAACUUGUACAGAUGAAGCUGAAUUCUGUCACUUUUUUUUUUUGUACAAUAAAUACUCCUUGUGAGUUUG